AGGUGUCACAUUUAUAGCAUCUGACUCAGUCACUGGCAAUAAACAAGAUGAAUAAAUAUAGGAAGCAGAUGGCAGAGCAGUUCCUGAGUCAAGCCCUGGGUAUUAUCUGUCUGCUGACCGGAGAGGAAUAUGUCGUUGUGAAGAAGAGGUCCUCUCACAGCGGCACUCACCGGCUGAGCGGAGAGGUGCCUAUAAAGUGUGAUGACGUUGCCGUGUAUUUCUCUAUGGAGGAGUGGGACUUUAUAGAGGGACACAAGGAGCUUUACAAGGAUGUCAUGAUGGAGACUCAGCAAGCACUAAGAACUAUGGAGAUCCCAGGAAAUGAGAGCUCAGAACUAACAGGUCACAUUGAUAAACAUCUAGACACAGGAGCACAUGGAGGUGUUGUACAGAAUAUUCAGCCAUCAAAAGUCUCUACAGAUGAUAUUUAUACUGACGAAGAGGUUAAAGCAGAAGAUCUGAGUGUAAUGUGUCAGAUGGAAGCUCCAAUGCAGGAAAUAUGUGACAGUGCAGGUCGAAAUUAUGCUAAAAUUUCAAGUAACACGGAACAAACAGAAUAUCAGUGGCUGACAAAUAUCACAGAAGCUGCACAGCAGGAGAUACUUGUCAAUUGUAGUACAGGUGAUCUUAAGAUUGAAGUCAUACUUGAUGCUGAACAAACAAAUGAUCUGUAUGUAAAUAAUCAACUGGAAGUUGUGAAACAGGAAAUCGGUGACAAUAUCAUUACAGGUGAAUUCACAAACAUUCAUAACCCUGGCCAUAGCCAAAGUGCUGAUGUUUCUUUCAGUCUUCUUCAAAAUCAAAAAAGCCACAUAGCGCCAUGUUCUGAAUGUGGGAAAAAACGUUUUACCGGGAAAUCACAACGUUUUAUUCAUCAGAAAACUCAUACAGAAAAAAAAGCAUUUUCAUGUUCCGUUUGUGGGAAACGGUUUAAUUGGAAAACAAAUCUUAUGACUCAUCUGAAAAUUCAUACAGGAGAGAAAGCAUCUUCACACCCCAAAUGUGGGAAAUGUUUUACUCAGAAAUCACAUCUUAUUAAACAUCAGGAAAUGUUGUUUAACCAGCCCCCUAAUCCUCCCACAUAUGAAUCGGAGAAUGUCCAGAGACUUUACGGCAAACACUUUCCUUGUAGGAUCCCCCCUACCGCCCGCAAAAAGUCACCCCAGAAAAAGUGCAGAGUCUGUUACAAAAAAGGAGUUAGGAAGGACUCUAGCUACUAUUGUCCUUCCUGCCCAUCUCUACCUGGCCUAUGUAUUACAGACUGUUUCAGAAUCUUUCAUACUGAGUUAAACUAUUGAUUCAAAUUACUCUGUAUGUGAUCUUGUUUUACUGUUGGUUAUUCUGUAUUCCUGACCUCAGCUUGUCCUGCUUACUCUUUGUCAGCUGCCUGUUGGCUUGUUAUACUGAUUACUCUGACUUCAUGGAUCCCCAGACCUCCUGUCCCUUUUUUACAUUAGGCCCAGCCUCUUUAAGGUCAUGAUAAACUGACAAAACAACUCAAAAUACUCCAUUUAGAAUACCCUGGGUUAUCUACUUUUGAAAAUUGUAUGCAAUCAUGGGGGCAAAUUUUCUUUCCUAGGCUGCAAUACUGAAAUGGACAGACCCCAUAUUUGGCCCUGUAAUGCCUAAAAAAUGCACAAAACCUGAACAUGGGACAUGGGGGGUACUAUUGUACUUGUGGGAUAUCGCUAAACAGAAAUAUGAGUGUUUGUUUUAUAGCAGUAAAACAUAUGGAUGAUGAUAUAAACAAUGAAA